AUGUUUCGCACCGCGCUUCAAUCCGGUUCGCGACCGGCCACCUCGGCCCUGCGAACUCAAGCCCUCCGAUCCGCUCCGCGCCGCUUCGCAUCGACAUCCCCCGCCGACAAGUCGCGGUCGUGGAAGGGCUCCGCCGUGCGCUGGACCCUUGCCGGCGGCGCCGUCUACUACUACAGCACCAGCUCCGUCUUUGCCGAAGAGGCGAUCCCUGCCAAGCAGUUCUCUACCGCGCCGCCCUCCUUCCCCGAAGCUGCCGAGUCGGUGCAGCUGCCGACCGUCGAGUCUAUCGUCGAGGAGCGAAAAUCACAGGCCACCGCCAAGGCCACCGCCCAAACGCCCGCCAAAUCCGCCGCCGAGCCCACGCCGAGCACGCAAGGCGCCCAGAAGGACCAGACAGCCGCGGAUUCCACGGCCGUUGCGGGAUCGCCGCUGAUGGGCCCCGAGGAGGAGAACGACCAGCAGGCCGCCUUCAACCCCGAGACGGGCGAGAUCAACUGGGACUGCCCUUGCCUGGGCGGCAUGGCCCACGGCCCUUGCGGCGAGGAGUUCAAGACGGCGUUCAGCUGCUUCGUGUACUCCAACGAAGAGCCCAAGGGCAUGGAGUGCAUCGACAAAUUCCAGGGCAUGCAAGAAUGCUUCCGUAAAUACCCUGAGAUCUACGGCGCCGAGCUGGCCGAGGCCGACGACGCGGAGGACCUCCCUGCCGGCGAUCUGGAGCUGCCUGCCGGGUCCCAGCCGCCCCGCGGAGACCAAGCCGCCACCGAGUCGCAGGCCCCCCCGCCCAGCGACGACAAGGCGGCUGAGACACCGUCUCGCUCUGACGCGAGCGAGGAGCAGCCCGCCCGCGUCGCCGACGUCGCGGUCUUCCCCACGCAAGAAAAGACGGAGAAGAAGUCUACCGAGUCGGAGCCUGCGGCGGCGGCUGCCAUUCCCGAGGCGAGCAUCGAUAGCACGACCUCCGCGACGACUUCCCAAAGCGGCCCCAAGUGGGAGGAUGCCACCGACGCCAAUAAGGAAGCCACCAAGCCUAAGGGGGCUUAA